AUGAAAGAAUACUCGACGAGCCAAGUGUCUAUCCGACAGAAGACGUUGUCUGGUAUCAACGCUGAGAACCAGUUCUAUCUGCUCUACGGAUCACUGGCCAUGGAAGUGUUCUGUCCGUCGAAAGUGAGAGUUGGAACGAUUGGAGACGGCGGCAAGUGGGUGUGCAAUCCGUGGAGAAUUCCAGAAAAUUCAGUACUAUUCUCGUUGGGACUUAACAAUAUUAUUAGUUUCGAGGAGGAAUGGCAAAGAAUGACGAGUAAUCGGAGUGUGAUUUAUGGAUUCGAUGUGGACGAACAACAGAGUAAUACCAAAGACACGUAUGCAAAGAAUCGUGGAACAACUCGAAAAGCCAAAAUCUCCAACAAAACCGACACGUCUCGCAACGAAUAUACGAUAGAAGACCUUGCGAAAAGCUCGAAUGUCUCGGAAAUCGAAAUUCUAAAAAUUGACAUAGAAGGUGCCGAGAUGACGUGUCUGAUUCCAUUCUUGAAGACGUAUAAUGUGUGUCAAAUAUAUCUAGAAGUACACGGAGGAUCACCUGCUCACGUCGAGCUACUCAAUCAUAUAGGUCAACUCGGGUAUCGAUUGUUUUCGUACGAAGUGAAUGGGUACGCGAUGACAGCUUGUGAAUAUAGUUUCAUUCGGGAUGCGUGUGUGGACAAGUAUGGAGCACUGCCAAUUGCGAAUUAUUUGGAUUUUAAGAAAAAUUAA